AUGCAGAGUCUAGGGAAUUUCAAGCUGCCUCAAUUUUUUAACUACCCUCCCUAUUUCACGUAAGUUUUUAAAUGACUUUUUGAAGCUUUAGAGAUGAAAUAUCAAUUAGUUUUUUUUGACGCCUUUCUUCUAUUGUCUCCAUCAUUUCCUCUUAUGGGAAUAGUCCUAUUGACUUGUAUAUUAAUGCCUGGACAAUCUGCAUGAUGAGAAAGUACAGAUGAAGAAAAUUGGAACAGAUUUACUCAACUUACAGUUGAGUCCUUCAUGCUAGCUUAUUUAGAUUUUCAGCAUUAGCCAAUCCGAAUAAAAUCGUGCCUUUUUCUUUUCUUAUGAAAAUGGAAUUAUGACGGAUUUAAUAAUGGACUUGGUGAUAAAAUAUGUGGUCGUUUACUGGCUUCAUUGAACUUGACCUGUCUGGGAUGAUCUCAUUACUCUAUGAUCUGAUCAUUUGAUGGAUAAAUCAAUGCUCGUAGUUUUAAAAAGGCCUGUCUAAGUGCAUGGCGGUCCUGUUAUUGAAUUGAUCCAACUAUUAUGUUACCUGUAUUAAUUCAAACUAGUCACUAUGAUUUGACUACUUGGCCUGGUUAAAAGGUAUGAAAAUGGAAAUAGUAUAUUUACAAAAAAAUCGAUAAUUAGACAUUGUUUAGAAGGGGAAGUAAUACAAGGCUUUUUCAUGAGGAUAUUUUAUCGUACCAAAUUUACAAAAGUAGUAUAUUUUUCAUGACUAGUCACCUGUUUUUCCAGCAAAGCCUGUACUUUUGCAACAAAUAUAGCAAAAAAUCGUACGGUUUCUGGGAUAAGUUAUGGUUGAAGAACGGGACAAGGCUCUGGAUUUGUGCUUCUCUUCUUCUAAUUUUCAUCUUCUGUUUUUCCUCUUCUUCCUCACCUUUUUCUAAUGGUCAAGUUCAUGAGAGUCCUAGAAUAUGUAUCGGAAUAGAAACUUUAUAAGGGCCGUUUAAAGGCCAAGUAAAUGCUUUCCUUAAGCCUCAAUAGUACAUGCAAAUCAAAUUAGCGUGACCAAUUCAGACCUAGGCUCAUCAGUCCCUUUGUUUUCCUAUUUGAUCCCAAGUCCAGACCCUGAUUUAACACUAUUACUGUGUUGUUUAUGCAUUGUAGUUGAUAGGUUUUCAGGAUUUGUCCCAUAAUCCAUUAUCAUGUGAGGCAAAAGCUGAAACUCCCAAGCUGGAUUUGAAAUCCGAAAUACACAAGAUUGAGGCAAUAACAAACAUAUAUGUAACAGCCAGAUUUCCAAACCAGGUGAUAACUGAUUCCCCUCUGGUUCUGGGGUGAAGUGGGAAAAGACAGUUUCCAGGCAUGUAUGGCUGCUUUGAGCUGUUUCUAGGUAGACAUUAGGGUUUGGGUUGGAGGUUUUGCGAUCUAUCCUUUUCUGUGGCUUUGGAAUACCGUCCUAACCCUCUGAGAAGAUUCAUGUUUUCCUGGACUCUAUUGAAAACGCUGAUUGUGAUUUCAUUUCGCAAGUUGUAUUUCAACUACUUUUGGAACUUCCUUUGGAUUUCAAAGGACUUUGACCGUAGUGGUAGGCUGUUUUGAUAUACACAUGCUAAAUCGUAUUAUGCAUCAUAUGGCUUAAGACGCUAAAAUCUCAAAAAUAAAAGAUUUUUCCACUUUAUUAUUGUUAAUUCUUUGGUUUUAGAUUAGUACUCGCUGAAAUAUUUCUCACUUAUUUUAAUCUGCGUUCAUCCUGGGCCUCUAGUCUUCAGCCUGUAAGAGAAACACGUGAGAAGCAGAUACAGCUAUGGAAAGAACUUAUUCUUGAUUACUGUAGAAGCCAGAAGAUUUUUAUAAUUGGAAUGGAAGAAGAGUUCCCAUUAUUUGUGAAUCCAGUGAUCGACAGUAAGACUUUCUUUCUUUGAUAUAAUCCUUUUUUUGAUCGGCAACUUUUGCUCUUAGAUAUAACCUGUGAGACAUUCUGACCUUCAAUCGGUUGUUUCAGGGUCUCUCGAGAGAGCAGUUCUUGAAUGUUUUGGUUUCUGAAGGUUUGCUAAAGUCCUAAAUGUUUAUGAAUAUCAAUAAUCGGGCAUUGCCUUUUAUCAUGAAUAUUUUCAUCCAAGAAGGUAUGUAAACCCACUAACUAACACAUCUACUGCAGGGCGAGCUGAAUGGAUGGACAAAGGGCGCAAGAAAUGCCUUAUUCUUUGGCUGAGAAUCCAAGAUUGGGCUGAUUAUAUUCUGAAUUUUGUACGUUGAGAUGCUUGCUCUAAUCCUACUAUGGCGAGUUCAUAGAUGGUAUUGCACUGUUACUGACUGCUCAACUUUUUUGUAUCAGGUGAGAGAGAAUGGAUUGGAAAAUAGUGUCAUGACCGUUGAAGAAAUACGUUCGGGCAUGGAGUUUCGAGGAACAGGUAGAACUGUGCUUCUUCUUUGCCAAUUACUCUUCGGCUAGCUUUGCUAACCAUCCGCAUUACUUUACUUCAUCUGUUCCCAUUGAGCUAUGAUAAAUUGGAUCGGAAAAAUGGAUUGGCCCACUUGGCUGAUAUGAUCAAAGGGCUGCCAUUUAUGGUAUAUCUGGUCUGGUCUGCAACUGGCCAAACCAAGUCUGGAUCAUCCGAUUGUGAGCCUAUAUACUUUCCAGUCGAUCUUAUCAUCCAAAAUUAUUAAAAUUAAUGGAUAUUCUGGGGAACAAGAAUUGCCCCCAAAAUUAGGAUCAGAUUGGUUCAUCGGGUUAAUUUUUCUUCAACAUUUAAUGUCCAAAUAAAAAAUAAAAAACAGAGUUGAGAAAUAUAGAAACCUCCUCUGUCAUGGACCUCCCACAUCCCUUAGAAGGGAAGCAAACCCUACACAACAUUUCCCAAAAUACCCUUAUACCUGCUGGGCAUGACUCCCAUGUUCAUACUCUUGCGGAGGGGAGGUUCCAUGUUUCAGUCUUCAGCUUCAUCCACUAUUUCCAUUCAUCUGGGAUGCCUGAAGCUUAUCUCUUGUGUGCAUCCAGAGCUUCAAGGGAUUGAUCGUGGUGUCUUGAUGCGUGCCCUAAGAUUACUUGAGCAGAAGGGCAAGGUGGCGAUCUUCAAAGGCUCCUCAGCCGACGACGAAGGCGUGAAGUUCUCUGCUUGA